AUGGGAAGGCAUUGGUCUGCUCCAGCUCCUACCCAAGGUCCCACCAGUGCCGGGGCUGCAGGGCCUUCUCCUGCUACCAAUGUGUCAAGCAACAAACGGCUGCAGCAGACACAAGCCCAGGUGGAUGAGGUGGUCGACAUCAUGAGGAUGAACGUGGACAAGGUGCUAGAGAGAGACCAGAAGCUUUCAGAGCUUGACAACCGGGCAGAUGCCUUGCAAGCAGGUGCCUCACAGUUUGAAACCAGUGCAGCCAAACUGAAGAGAAAAUACUGGUGGAAAAAUUGCAAGAUGAUGAUCAUCCUUGGUGUAGUAUGCGCAGUCAUUCUCAUUAUAAUUAUAAUUUAUUUCUCCACUUGAAAAAACAAAGAAGGAAGACUUGGCACAACUUUGUUCAUAUCAACUGACAAUAUCAGUGUUCCUUUGUUGAACUCCGCUUUUUAAUUCCUGGUGUCUUGGGAUUUUUGCUUGUAAUAACCCAUAAGCAUUCAGUGUGGUGUAUUUUGGAAUUCUGUUGUUUCCACAAGAAACUGUACCAGCUAAAUACUGCCAAGUAGUUCCAUACACUGUCUUAUCACUGUGUCUUAAAAUGUGUAUGCACUGACCUUCAGAAACUGUAGUAUAUGAAAAGCAUCCUAAAACAUCUCAGAAUCAGAGAAUACAGUUAUGGGGAAGCUCCUGCUUAAAGGGACACUGUCAGGUGCAUUGGACCCAAACCUAAGGUUGCAGCAAACAUUAGGGCCUUCUCAAUCUGAGCACCUAAAGUUGGAUGGCAAAAUCCAUUGUCAGAUGUAACUUUUUGAGGAAGUAUCUGCUACUCCCACUGAAGAGAGUGAUACCUGCAAGUAUUCAUGUAAGAUAUCAUAGUUCAACUUAGCUAACCAAACACAGAUUUUUUGAGAUUAGUUGUAGUAUCCAAGUCUAAAACCAUUGCCUGCAGAAAGUAAAUAAGACUAGUUUAUUAUCUUCCAUGGAUUUAAAUUUUUCCUUAUGGAAAACACCUUAUGGUGUUCUGAACAACCAAGAUGGCCUCAAUAUGAAAGCCAGAAAGAAAACUCUACGACAACUAAAAAGCAUUAGCUAGUACAAUCUUGGAAAAUCCAAGUGAAGUGUAAAAAUGAUAACACAAGCAUCAUGGAUGACUAAGAUACAGUCUCUUGCUAAAAACUCAAGGCACUGUUUGUCAGGCUUCAUGGGACUCCUGUGAAUGCCAAACCCCAAUAGUUAGGCCCUGACUUAAACCACAUGAACAGCUUUGGUGGUGUCAGUGGCUUCCCAGCACAGCUGUAGGAAGCUCCCUCUGCACCAGUGUGCAGGAAUGGUCCCCACUGUGAGGAUCGUUCACAAAUCAGGAAGAAGAAGGUAUGGGGGAAUAGUAGAGAGAGGCUGAGAAAGGGAAGGUGCCUAGCAAAGCUUUCCUGGAGAAGAGGAAGGCAAAGAAACACUGUUCAAAGUGGUGGUGUUAAUAGGCUUUUAAAAAAUUGAUUUUGUGUGUGUGUGUGUAUAGUUCAUAAACUAUAGUGUCAUCUUUGUAAAGUGCUCAGCUGAGAUACCUAUCAUACUCAAUUAGUUUAAACUAACAUUUGAUGUAAUUAAAAGAAAUUAUAUAUUGUGGCUUAAGAGAAAGUUCUUGUAUGCUUUUGUGAAUUUCUUGGGGUUUUAUCUUUUUAAAACACUGAAUAGCUCAAUCAUAGUUAACCAAACUAAAAAUGAAUUAUCAAAUUUUGAGCCAGGCAAUUCAGAAAGGGUCUUUUUAGGGUAACUCCUUCAGAAUUUCUAAAAAUAAUUCAUAGAAUAAAAUAUAAAUAAUUUGGUAGGUUGAGGGGUUUUUUGUCUGCAAUUUAAUUAGGGAAUAGAAAUGGUGAUAAUAGUAGUGUAAAUAUUUCCACCUUGGAGUCUCUCUCUUGAUAGGGUUUAGUUUAAAAACAUAGAGCCCCAGACCUGUUUGUUGCAGUGAAUCUAUAUACAAAUUGUGCUUAAGCAGAAUUUUGAAGAGAGAAUAAAUAAUGCUCAAUUGAAAGCUUUCAAUUGCAUUUUUCCCUAUGUAUUUAUUACUUCAUAGUCACAUGCACUGUUUUGUGUCAUUAAGUAGUAAGUGGCCACAGUCUUAAUGAAAGUGAAGGUUCAAAGUUACUAAUGUGCCACUGGACUCCGUGGUAUGCCCUGUUCACUUCAGUCCUUCAGCUGGGUAAGCACAGAAACAAUUCUGAAAUCCUCAUGGGCCAGACAGAAAACUUGGCUGUCAUGAAGGACCUGACACUAUGAGGUGACACAGCUGAGUACUGUGUAUCAUUGAGGCUUCACUGGAAGAGGAAUAAGCCAUCCAACUUCAGGAAAUCUUUUAAACUACUAAGAUAAUUGGACAGCUGAUAUGAAAGAAUUUUCUCCUAAGGGUGAGUCCUGCCACCCAUACCCAUGUUGAGCAUGGGUUAAUCCUCACAGGGCUUCUCUACUGAAAGGAUGCACGAGAUGAAGACAGCUUUCACUGGAGCUGGUACAAUCAGUAAGGUUUCAGGCUGAUUUAGAGCCUUAGUGUAGAUGUUCCUUCUCCUCUGAGAGCCCGAACUGACUACUGGGAUGAUAGGGCUGCAAAUACACAUCCUGAGUUGGAAUCCUCUAGCUACAAAGAUGCAAAGUUCCCAAAUGAAACUGUGGUGAAAGUGCUACAAGGAUGCAAAGCUUACAUCCUUCUAGCUAA